CGUUCUCCAAGUUCCGUGUGCUGAUUUAAGCCAUCAGCCACCUUGUUCUCGUCGAAGGCUGAACGGGUAUAAAAGCCUGCAUACUAUGUGUAGAUCACAUUGAAAAAAAAAUAAGCUUAUCGUAUCCAGCUUCCUUCACAAGCGGUUAUUCGAAAUAUGGGGCCCACUCUCAGUUCACUUCGAUUCCGCUGGUCUUAUUCCCUUCGGGAGCCAGUCUCAGGGGGGGCGAAAAGGCAGCCUGAGCCCAAACCACAGGAUUUGAAAUCUUUCAUACAACCUCUAAUAACAUCUUUUACCAAUGAGAUUGGUUACUCUCCUCUCAAGAAUACUAGCAACGAUGUUUUAUGGAAGGCUAUGCGUACACACGCGGACAGCACAGGUGUACCUUAUGAAGAGGGGUCGCAUUCAUGGCUGAUGUUUAAGGUUGGAUAUGUAUAUCCAGUCGUCUGUUUCCCUCAUCACCCGUUUGAGGUUCAGCUCUAUAUCGGAAUAUACUCAUGGUUUGGCCUUCUCCUAGAUGACCAGGCUGCGGAGUAUCUCGAAGAGUUCUCAAUGUUCCAUGAACGUUUCUGCGCGGAUGAAAAACAACCCAUUCCCCUUCUACAGGCUUGGGCGGAUCUCAUGAAACUGACCUUCAAGUAUUGGGAUCCGCUUGUGGCCAACUUUAUCGUCACAGCAUCUCUCAACUUCCUAAACUCUAAUGCUCUUGAGGCCAGGAAGGAAUUCCAUCAGAUAGAGCGCACAAAAGCAGGUCGUAGUUGGGCAUGGUUUCUUCGAGAGAAAGAUGGUGUAGGGGAAGCAUAUGCUUGGUUUACAUUCCCGAAAACACUUUGUCCUGACAUUUCACUUUUUCUUGAAGUAGUUCCUGACAUCUCCAUAUGGAUUGGACUUACAAAUGAUGUACUAUCGUUCUAUAAAGAGGAAAAGGCUGGCGAGACUCGCAACUAUAUUCAUAACAGGGCAUGGUAUGAAGACAAAGACCCCCAGUCCGUCUUCGAAGGGAUCUUGGAUGAGAUAACGACUAAAACUCAGCAAAUGCGACUUGUACUGAAGGAUCGAGAGCCAUACCUCAAGCUAUUAAACUCUCAUCUCCUCGGAUACGUUGCAUUUCAUAAGCUGAACAGUCGUUACAGACUAUGGGAGAUUGGCCUUGGAGAAGAUUCCACGGACCGAACUGUGUUAGAGCACUAACUGGCGCAUUACUCGCUUUUGCAGGAACAAAUAUAAAGCGUCAAGCUCAAUUUGAGCCAUACUGUCUACAUAUUUUCAAAAUGAGGAUCCAGAAUCGGUCGAGUGUUAAACUUUCUCGACUCCAGAUCUUUAGCCUUCCAAAUCCAC